AUGACAGAAUGGGAGGAGAAAUCGCUUCUUCAAUAUAUAUUGGAUAUGGAUAAAAGAGGGUUUAGUCCUCGAAUAAAUGAUAUGGAAGAUAUGGCGAAUUAUAUACUCGAAACGCAGGGUGCGAAGAAGGUUGGAAAGCUCUGGGCUCAUCGUUUUGUGAAACAAUAUACAGAAUUAAAGAUGUGUUUUAAUUACGUUUAUGAUUUUCAAAGAGCUUUCUGCGAAGAUUUAGAGCUUAUUGAAAGAUGGUUUCGAUUGGUAUCGAAUAUGUGGGCCAAAUAUGGUAUUCUGGACUGCGAUUUCUACAACUUCGAUGAGACAGGCUUUAUGAUAGGACAAAUAUCACUACAUAUAGUAGUUAUUAAAGCUGAUCGAUGUGGAAAAAGCAAAGCUAUACGAUCAGGCAAUCGAGAAUGGGCUACAGCGAUUAUUUGUGUUGAUAAAAAAGGUCACAAUAUACCUUCGUUUUUGAUAGUAAAAGGCGAAUACCAUCUUUCAAAUUGGUAUACCGAAGGUGAUUUACCAUACGAUUGGCUUAUUAAACCUACUAUCAAUAGAUAG